AUGAACUUGGCAUCCUUGGUUCUUUUGCUUAUUGCGGCAGUCCUUCUUGGCGACAAGACUGUCUCUGCCAACACGAAUGACACACUACUUGAUGAUACACUGGCCCAUGCAGGCCACCAAGAACGCCAGUAUGAUCGCAGGGAGCUGGGCCGCUGUAUCAGACGAGAAAUGAUGGAUCUCCAAAACAUGAUGGAUGAUGUGGCUCGGCAAGACAAAUUCCGCAAGAGUCCCGAAUAUCAGGCAAAGAUACAUGCAUUCAACAAGCACUCAAACGAACUCUACCAAGUGACUCAAGUCUUUACAGCUUGUCAAGAAGAAGUGGAAAGUGGUAGAUCCGCUGUUGGAACGGGAGCCAUGGUGGGAAUCUUUUUGGCACAAUCCGACAAAGAACCCAUUACAAAUCCAUCUCCACCUGGUCCAUCCCAAUGUAAGGCCUCAACAACUCCCAUGGAAGCUCCCACGAAAUGAGGGCAUGGUCCAGUAUGUCUUUGGAGUAUGAUUUUCUUCCUGGACAAGCAGUGUCUUCCGGU